CCUCAGUCUUCAAGUUCAUAUAAAACAACAGGUCCCCCAUAAACCCUAGUUUCUUUUCCUUCACCCUCCGCCUCGGAAUUUUAGCGGCGUACUGCAGACAGAUCGGAGAAAAAGGUAAGGUGAUGGCUCCGAAGCAGCCAAACAGUGGGUUGUUUGUAGGUUUAAAGAAGGGGCAUGUUGUUACCCCAAAGGAACUAGCACCACGCCCGUCUGACAGGAAAGGGAAAACAAGCAAGAGAGUGCAUUUUGCAAGGAGUCUUAUCAGAGAAGUUGCUGGAUUUGCUCCUUAUGAGAAGAGGAUCACUGAACUUCUUAAAGUUGGGAAGGACAAGCGUGCUCUGAAGGUAGCCAAGAGAAAGUUGGGCACCCACAAGAGGGCUAAGAAGAAGAGAGAGGAGAUGGCUAGCGCUCUCCGCAAGAUGAGGGCUGCUGGAGGUGGUGAGAAGAAGAAGUGAAGUGAGUUUCCAUUGGCCUUGUGCCUUACGAGAUAAAUGAUUAGAAGACAGUUUCAUUUAGCUUUGAUGUAUUAUCUUCAUCUUUUUGCAGAAUUUGCAAUCACAAACUUGUCUUUGGCUUUAGCACCAGCUUAUAUUCCAUUUUUGCAUCUCUGAUUAUAUAAAUGAGACGUGACUGAUUUUCCUA